AUGGAUACAAAUCUUCACGUAGUUCCACAGGCUCGGCUCAGUGAGCCCAGCGACUCGUUUAUUUUAUCAGCAACAGAACGGUCCGCUGAAGCAGACUCUCGAAGCGGGCUACAGACCGAGAAGGAGCAGCUUGAUCCGAUUAGUCUUUACGAUGUCUCAGCAACCAUGGAGAAGAUCGCAAAACUAUAUGAGCCCGCAAGCAGCCUCCCCAAGCCUGAAAACUACAACCCUGUUCAUGGAUUUCUCACCCCCGAAGAUCUGGAUGCUUCCAAGCCACGUACUCGGCAAAAGAGAAAACGCACAGGAGAGUACCAGUCACCGCCUCACAAGAGAUCGCGUAGCCAGAACUUCAGGUAUAUUUCUCCAUACAGCCAACGAGUACAGAACCGGGUGUCGGAUGACGUUCGACUUCGGCGACGCCUUGAAGAGCAGGAAGAUACCUUGCACCGGACCAGCCGCACACUACGCGAAUACUUGGAUCAACGAGAAAAGGAGGAGAUGGCAGAGUGCACCUUUAAGCCAGACCUGACUCCUUCAAGAGCGUUGUUUCGAGCAAGAUGUGAUCAGGAUCCACAUUUUCGGUUGAACUUUUACGAACGAAAUGAUCGAAUGGUGGCCCAGCGAACAAUAUCUCCGCACCUGCAUAGUUCGUCCCCGCAACUGAUCCGCUACGAUAACCAUAAUUGUAAUUUUAUCAACGACGGCUCUGCCCUGGAUGCCUACUUGCAACCGAACAGGCUCAAAGUAAUUAAGGAAGCGACUCGUCAGAAGCUCGAUCUUCCUCGGGCACUUCGUGACGAGCAAGCGCGUGCUCGGCGUGCCCAGACUGCACAAGCGGUGGAAAGAAGUCUUUCGCAAAAGACUCGUGAGUAUCUUAGCUCCAACGUUGUUGAUCGUCUACACGUUAGCACACCCCUUUACAUGCAGACACGCACCUAUCGAGAGCACCAAAAAGCCAUGGAACGUUUGGAGAAGAUUCACGGCCCACAUAUACAGAGAGAAAUUGCUUUCCGUACAGGCAACCGUCCACACUCGGCCCCAGGUUUGAACAUCGCGCGGGUGUUGACCGCUCAGCCCACUUAUGCCCGUGUUGUUUGCGAUGACUUUGUCGCCGCAGUCCACAAGCCUAUUCGACCUUCAAGCGUUGGAGAGGACUCGUCCUUUAGCACGCGGCUUUCACACAUGAGCUCUCUCUACCGUGCACGCAUGCGCCUAUCAAAGCGCACCUCUGGAACACAAAGCCCGCCCCUCCGGAUUUCAGCCCUUGAUCUACCAGCUCCAAGCUCAGUAUUGUUACAGGCUGCCUUGCGACGUGAAGCCAGGAAACACAAGCAGCGACCAGCUACAAAGCCCCAUGUGAUCUAUAGCAACGCAGUACCAAUUCCUUCGUGUGCUGCAGAGUCAUCUUUGACUCCUGAACUCUUCCAGGAAAGUAGACAGAAGGAUCUUGCUCUGACGGACAUCCUCGUCCAGAGCACGGACGUCGGGUCCAGCGAGGCGUCCUGCGCCUCCAGACGCAUCCGCUACCAGGGGCCUGUUCUGCACGGAGAUCUGAGCCCGUCGACUAGGCCCCACAGAACCUAA